ACUUUCAUUUUGAAUUUUGAAUUUUCGCAUGGCUCACUAGUUUUCAUUUGUACUUCAAAGAAAAAAGGAUUAUUCGUAUUGACAUGUCAUCAGCAAAAACCGUACUUCAGACCAUAGGUUUGGAGCAGAAUUUGGAAAAAGCAGAACAGUUACAACAUGUUUUCUCAAGACCAACAAACAACCUGGAACACUUUAUUGGAGUUGUUGUUGACAUCCCAAUCAAAGAUUUUCUCCAAAAUAUCAUUGUUUUAACAAAAUUAAUCCAUCUUGCUCCGGAGGAGUGGAUUAAGAACUAUUUGUGUGAAAUCACAAAAUCCUCAUCAAAGAAAGGGAGCUUACUACAACGGUUAAUUCUCAGAGCUUGUAUUCCAUACUUGAAAGACCUUCAGAAUAGACCAUGUGAUGCGAGUGAUUUUGCAGAUUUGCCUGAAAAAGCAGAAUCUGUUCUGAAAUUUGUCAUGUCACUUUUAUCUAGAGAACAAGAUACCGAACAGAUAAAAGCAGUUGUUUUAGAGGCAAUACCAAGUCUGCUUAUUCUGAUUAUUGAACACCAGGACACUUGUAUGUGGACAUCUAAAACAUCAUUAGCUCUGUCAAAGGAAGCACUCAACAAGGUCAAGGACAUACUAGCUGUCAGCAGCAACGAAGAGCUACUGCAGUAUAAGAUUUCCAAUGACCAGCAUUCAUCCAUACUGGUUCAUAUCCUGAAACACCUGAGUGAGAAGUUAAAAAGAGAAUCUUGGAUGUGCUACCCAACACUUAAAGCAGUCUACCAAUGGUCCUUACUUCAUACUAAAUUUCCAAAUAUGAGUGAAGUUUACCCAAAGUUUCUUCCUACUGCUCUUUUGUUCACUGAUGACCAUGUAUUGGAAAACAAAAUUCUAGGUGUAAGCUGUCUCUACCACAUCAUGCAGAACACAAGCAGAGAAGAACUACGUUGGUAUGGUCAGGCUGAUGUUAUUUACGAAGCCUUAAAACACCAAAUGUACACAAGAGAGGCUAAACUCAUUGAUGUCCUACAUCCUACUUUGCUUUACAUCUUAUCAGUGGUCGAAAAGGAUCCACAGUACUGCACCGAUCCCAAGGGGCUUCAAAGAGUCCCAACAAAAUAUGACGCAAUAUUUCAUACCAUUCUUACUGAUGCUUAUGGAGAACAAAAUUUGACACAGCGUAUUGCUUUAACUGGUCAUUUGACACCCUUUGUUGAAAAACUUGGACUGCUUACACUCAGACACUCAAACCUUCUCUUCAAAGUGAUUGAGGAAUACUUAGAGGCAUAUGAUGGAAAAAGACGUUCAGCAAAGCCACAGAUUCUGAGAUUGCUGAAGUCAGUGAUUACUGCUGUUUGGCCAAGAAUGUCGCAAUAUGUAGAUUUCAUUCUGAAAAUAUUAGUCGAACUGUUAAUUGACAUAUCAGCCAAAGACAACUAUGACUCAGAACUUGUGCACAGUAUUGAAGAGCUGAGUACUCAGUGUUUGAUACUGCUAAAGCAUGUCAAUCUAGAGCAUGUGGAGAAGCAGCUACAAAAUAUGUUGAAACUUGAUGUGCCAGAAACCUGUAGACAUACAUUAUCUGAUGCAUUGCAAUUGAGUAUGUGCUAAAGGUUGAAUGAAUACGUGUUUAUGUUAGAAACACACCUGGUUAUAAGGCAAGUGUUCUUGUCUAAACAUAGACCAAUGUUUUUAAUAAAACAAAAAACUUUAGGAAGUGCUUUGUGUAUAUGGGGUGGGGUAAGAGGAGCGGAGUGGAGAAGUGAAUGAAUUUUAAUCUCACCUUGGUCAACACUCAUCAGUUUGAAAUAAACUUUUCAAAUUUUAGAGUGCUCCAAAAUGACUGCAAUCAAUCCUUCAACAUGUUACUCUUCAUGGUGACCAGAAUAAACAAUGCUGACAUGAUUUCCAUGCAGUCACUGACUUUGGCUCAUUGAUUUUAUUGUGUUUUAGUGUAUCAAUGGACACCUAUUACAUUCUCAUGUAUUAUCUACUUAGUCAAUGGAUUAGUCACAGUGGCCAAGUGGAUAGAAUGCUCAAUUCAUAACCAGGUCAGGCCUGGAGGUUAUAAGACUUUUACCAUACUCAAAGUCAGCCAUGUUUAUUUUGAGAACAACUCGGAGCAAGCUUCGAAGCUAAUUGGAAAAUUCUUCAGCAUGUUCUUCAUUUCGGAAUGAGAAUGAUUUUAUAAAAGUUUUAUAACCUUCAUUUUUGAGUAUGAGUACAAUUUGGAGCACAGAGUUUGGGUAUGAAAACAUGCUCAAAAAAGUUUCAAAACCUCCAAGCCAGGAGGCCUAGGUUCAGUUUCUGAUAACCUAAGACAUUAGUGACAGUUCACUAAGAUUAAAUGUGAAAGUCAUUUGUAUUUCGAAUAUGACCUUAGAAACAGGUUUCAUGUCGCAUUAGACAUUAGUACGUUAAAGAACUCAUUGUUUCAGCCAUCCACAGGUGCCAUGCUUAGGUCAAAAUUUCAGGCACUUCACCUGAAGCUGGUGGUGCCUCUACAUCAUCAUUGUUACACGAGUGAAAAAUUCUUCAUUGGACUUUAAACAUGACAUAAUCAAAGGUUCUUCACCAGAAAUAUGCAGGUAGACUGUAUAAAAGGAAGGGCUAGAAAAUGAAGAGGGAGGGGGCAAUAGAAGUGGAUUAGAGGAGGCAGAGAAAAAAGGCCAAGAGUGGAGAGAGGCUCUUCUUUGUAAGCCAAGGGUUUUUGGUCCAUUUGCUGAAGGGCAGAGUGGACCAAAAACCCUUGGCUUGUGAAGAUGGACCCCUGUCUAACCCCAACAACACUGACAGCCAAAUGACCUGCCUGUGUACCAUUCCAUUAAUGUCAAUUGUUAAAGAGCUAGCAGAUGGAUGGACUUGUUCAGGAGACGUUGGAAGCACGGAGGCGGAUCAAGCAGUAUGUCUACAAAACACCGUUGAUGUUUUCAGAUCCACUCAGCAAUUUAACCAGCAGUUGCAAAGUAUUCAUCAAACUUGAAAAUGAGCAGUUGACAGGAUCAUUCAAGAUUCGUGGUGCUUUUAACAAACUAAUGAAACUGUCGUCUGCUGGCGACGUAAUCAAACAAAAGGGCAUAAUCACAGCGUCAUCUGGAAAUCAUGGAAUGGCUUGCGUGGAGGCGGGAAAGACCCUGGGGAUCCCGGUGACGGUGUAUUGUCAACAGAAUGUUAGCGAACACAAGAAGAAUGUGCUCCUGAACAAGGGGGUUCGGGUAGUGCUGCACGGGGUCGACUGUGUGGAGGCCGAAAACGAGGGCAGGGCCAGUGCUGAAAAACAAGAAGUCGAAUACGUGUCUCCUUACAACGACAUCUACGUCAUUGCUGGACAAGGAACCAUUGGAAUAGAGAUAUUGGAGGAUUGUCCAGAGGUUGAUUGUGUUCUAGUUCCUGUAGGGGGAGGGGGAUUGAUAGGUGGAAUAGCCAGAUACAUCAAACAAGUCAGACCCUCUGUGGAGAUAAUUGGUUGUCAGCCACAGAACUCCAAAGUGAUGUACGAAAGCGUAAGAGCGGGAAGGGUGGUGUUCGAGGAGUCCUUGGAUACACUGUCUGAAGGGACAGCGGGAGGGCUGGAGGACAACUCGAUUACCCUCCCAAUAUGUGCUCAGUACGUGGAUGAUUGGAUUAUGGUUACCGAAGAAGAGAUUGGAAGAGCUGUGGUGUACAUGUUACAAAAUCACCAAAAGGUUGUGGAGGGGGCCGCUGGCACGGCUCUGGGUGCCUAUCUCAAGAAUCCCGGAAGGUUUAAGGGAAAACGAGUGGUCCUGAUUGCGUGUGGUGGAAAUCUAGGAAUACAGACUCUGAAACAGUUGGUGUCUAUGUACACCUGAAAACGAAAGUGAAACUUGAAUUUUUAUCAUCUCUAUAACUACAUGUACAUCAUAUUUACACAGUUCAUUCCUGGACUACAAAUCACGAUAAAAAGAUUUAAAACUU